CUGUCAGAGAGACAGACUCAUUUCUACAUCUAGAUUUCUGAACUUCAGAGGCAAAAAGCAUUUAUGACGGCAACCAAGUCAUACUCCUGUGUUGAAAAGGCAAUUUAGGAUCAUUCCGAAGAAACGAAAAAUAAACCCAGAAAAAUAAGCAUAAUUCUGGAUGGAAUCUGAAAUUGAUAUUUCGGGGUACUGCCAUCAUCCAGUGGACACAGGAAUUUCGCUCUUAGAUAGCCAGCAAUUUGUUGGCCUACAUUCAGUGCAUUCUCCUUCACCAGACCAUGACUCACAAGGACCUUCAUAUACAACUCCCUACAAUCAUAUGCAAUUUCCUACAAUCCACCAACCAGUCACAUCUUCACCCUACCAUGUUCAUUCUGGAUAUUACACACAACAAGCAGAAGACUGGUGCCCUAAUGGAAUUUAUGAGAUAAAACGGAUUCCCUCUGACAGCUUGUUUUCUAUAGAUACUGAAAUAGUGGAUUUGCCCCCGACUAAGAAGACCAGGGUUAGUCCUUAUGGCUGUAGGGUAAAAGGAGAUGAAUUGUGUGUUGUUUGUGGAGACAAGGCUUCUGGAUAUCAUUACAAUGCCCUAACCUGUGAAGGAUGCAAAGGAUUUUUCAGAAGAAGUAUUACUAAAAAUGCUGUUUACAAGUGUAAAAAUGGAGGCAACUGUGAAAUGGAUAUGUACAUGAGGAGAAAAUGCCAGGAAUGUCGCCUACGGAAAUGUAAAGAGAAAGGCAUGCUUGCUGAAUGUUUACUAACAGAGAUACAGUGCAAGUCAAAACGGCUACGAAAAAAUGUCAAGCUCCCUGAAAAAUCAUUUGGUGAAGAUAAUGACGGAAUUGAGAUAAAGCAAGUUACAUCUACCACAAAGACAAAUCGGGUCAAAGAAGAACUAACACAGGAUCAGAUCCAACUGCUUCAGUAUGUGAUGGAAGCAUAUAACAAGCAAAGACUGCCUCAGGACCUAGCUACAAAACUGAUAGAAGACCUUAACACUGAUGACAACUUUGUAUUCCUGACAACUAUGGCUACAAGCCAUGUUCAGAUCUUAGUAGAAUUUACUAAAAAGAUACCAGGUUUUCAAACAUUAGAUCAUGAAGAUCAGAUUGCUCUGCUAAAAGGCUCUGCAGUUGAAGCAAUGUUCCUUCGCUCAGCUGAGUUUUUUAAUAAGAAGCUCCUUGAUGGACACACAGACAUCCUUGAAGAGAAAAUUCGAAAUAGUGGGAUAUCACAUGAUUACCUUAUUCCAAUGUUUAACUUUUAUAAAAGUCUUGGAGAACUGAAGAUGAUUGAGGAAGAAUAUGCUAUUUUGGCGGCAAUAGUCAUUCUUACACCAGAUCGACCGUACAUCAAAGACAAGGAAUCUGUGGAAAGCCUUCAAGAGACGUUUCUGCAUAUUCUAGAAAAGCUAUGCAAGCAAUAUCACCCUGACCAUCCUCAACAGUUUGCUCGACUUUUGGGACGUCUCACUGAGUUAAGGACAUUUAGCCACCACCAUACAGACAUGGUGAUGUCAUGGAGAGUCAGAGAUCACAAAUUUACACCCCUUCUGUGUGAAAUCUGGGAUGUUCAAUAGUGAAGAUGUUUCUAUUCAAAAACUGCAAUUUCAUCUGGAUUUUUUAUGUCACACAUGUCAUCUAUAAACUAGACAUAAUUGUCAUUCUAAUGGGAUAUAAAUAUAUUUAAAUACAUAAGAGUAAUUCACAUUUAUGUUUGUAUUUGUAUAUAUAAGUAUCUUUGCACAACCGUUUUCUUUUCUUUCUUUUUUUUUUAGUUGAGACAGUUCUUGAAAUGAGGAAUUAAAAUAUAUGGACUUGUUCAUUCAGAUUAUAUAAUUUGCAUAAUAAAUAACUAAGCUAUGUUUUUUGUCUUGGGAAUGGACAUAUUCUGAGUUUAUCCAUCUACUGGGGACCAUAGUUGUGGGGUCAAUGUACUAUGGUUGUACUUCUGAUUGGUAUCAGGAUUUCACUGUAUGAGCAAAGAUGUUUAAUGUAACUUGCUAGUUAUAUUCUAUUCCUUGUGUGACAUCAUGGCUAC